AGACUUAAGGUAUGGAUUUGAUUAUUUGAAGAUCGAAUGAUAUUCCUAAUACUCCAUCCGUCCAAAAAAAGGUUCCUUGAUUAACCGGACAUAAUUUUUAAGAAAAGGGAAAUUGUAUGGUGUCUGUCAACCACAAAAUUGUUUCCUCAAAAAGAAAAUGGAAUUAUUUGGGGGACAAUCAAAAAGAAAUGUGGAACCCUUUUAUGGGACGGAGGGAGUAAUCUUUGUGUGUGUGCGUGCGCGCAUUGUCUAUCACAUAUGAGCUGCAAGUGCUUUUGUAUAUUAUUAUGAAUGUGAGCACUUUUGUAUUAUUAUUUCAGUGAUCAGAGGGACUACAAAGUGAUUCGUAAAGUCGGAAGAGGAAAAUACAGUAAGGUUUUUGAGGGAAUGAAUGUCCAUAGCAAUGAAAAGUGCAUAAUAAAGAUUCUAAAGCCUAUUAAGAAGAAAAAGGUUGGGAAACUAAUCCUUAUCUCUUGCCAUUGGGGGGUGAUAUUUGUGCUGGAUAGCGGCUAAUUGAAGAAUGGAAUUAAUAUUAUGUUUUUGAAUGCUCUCUUUUAUAUGAACAUGAUAAUUUUGCCUUUUGAACAUCUUUGCAAGCCCACCUACGCUUGCAUGUGCAAGUAGAAAGAACAUCAAGUGCUCUAUCUGAUGACAGUUUUAAUGAGAUGUUCACUUAUAUAAAAAGAUGUACUCCGUAUAUCUGUUUUAUUUAGUUUUAUAUUUCUCUUGAAUUCUGAAAUGCCCAGUGCAACGUGUGGCUUCACAUCUAUUUACUAUGAUAAUCCCAUAUAGAUAAAGAGAGAGGUCAAGAUUUUGCAAAACCUUUUCGGCGGGCCAAAUAUUGUUAAACUUCUCAACACUGUCCGAGAUCAGCCCUCAAAAACUCCAAGCUUGAUAUUUGAGUAUGUGAACGGUACAGAUCUGUUUGUGCUAUCCCCCACAUUAACAUACAAUGACAUAAGUUACUACAUGUAUGAGCUUCUCAAGGUAAAUGGAAAAAAAUCAUUUGGUUGACUAUUAUUAGGAAUUGAGGAUUAAAUAAUUGGUUGUGCAAUGGAUUUUAAUUUGACACAUGCAGUCUAGACGAGAAACGAAAAUUUCCGAAUCUUGAUGAAACUGCAGGCAUUAGACUAUUGUCAUUCCCAAGGAAUAAUGCAUAGAGAUGUGAAACCUCAAAAUGUUGUGAUAGACCAUGUGUUUCGAAAGCUUUACCUCAUAGACUGGGGGCUUGCUGAAUUUUACCACCCAGGAAAGGAAUACAAUGUUCGUGUGGCUUCAAGGUAUUUUAAGGGUCCUGAACUCUUGGUUAACUUACAAAGCUAUGACUAUUCUUUAGAUUUGUGGAGCCUUGGCUGCAUGUUUGCAGGAAUGAUCUUCCGCAAGGAACCGUUCUUUUACGGACAAAAUAAUGAAGACCAGCUCGUCAAAAUCGCGGAGGUUCUUGGGACAGAGGAAUUGAAUGCAUAUUUGCACAAAUAUCAUCUAGAGCUUGAUUCUCAUCUUGUGGCUAUGAUUGGGAGUGAAAGCCGUAAACAGUGGUCUAUAUUUAUGAAUGCGGAUAAUCAAGAUCUAGCAUCACCCCAGGCCAUUGAUCUUCUUGACAAACUUCUUCGUUAUGAUCAUCACGAGAGGCUUACUGCAAAAGAAGCCAUGGCCCACCCUUACUUCUUGCAACAUGGCUUUCCUUCAGUGGCCAUGAACUGUUAAGUGCAGAGGCCAUUAGCUACAAACAGAAGAGACACAAAUGGAUUCAUGGGUGAAGAGCUCUAUAGCUACUUUUUUUGGUCAACUUCAGACAUUUGACUUUUGGUAUAAAAUGAAGCAAAGUGUAGUAUAGGAUUUUCAAAAUUGUCCAAUGAGUUGGUCUACUCAAAAGUCCUACAAACCAUGUUUUUGUACUUCAUGUAGCCACGGAUGGAUUCGGUUUUGUAUGCACUUUUGAUGUACAAAAAGUUUAAUCUUUGUCAUAUGCUUCGUAGUCUAACUUUAUGUUUGGCUCAUAGAAUUUGUAAAGAAAAAGAAGAAAACGAU